AUGGGCUCAGAGGCUGGCAUCAGGCCACCAACCUGCUGUGUGACUGUGGUCAAGUUACCUAACCUCUCCUUUAAAACAGGGCUCCUGGUGGUAUCUGCCUCAUGGGAAUUUCAUGAGGAGGAAAGCCACCUAGCCUACUCUAAGUGCUUAAUACAGUUAAACAAUGAUUCUGCUGCCGAUGAAACCAUGCCAGACCAUCCGGAUUUACUUCUUCAGUCUCAAGACUCCACUGGCAGCGUCUCGACAGAAGAAGUGCUUCAAAUCAGAGAUGAGACCCCAACUUUGGAGGCUUCUCUAGAUAAUGCUAACAGCCAGCUGCCUGAGGAUACCAGUUCAGUAUUAAAGGAGGAACAGGUUAUUACAAGCUUUGAAGAUGAAGGGUCAUAUAUAAUUCAAGAACAGCAAGAUUCUCUUGUGUGUCAAGGAAUUCUCGAUUUAGAGGAAACUGAAGUGCCAGAGCCUCUCGCUCCUGAGAGCUACCCCGAGUCCAUCUGUGAAGAGGAUGUGACCUUAGCUUUGAAAGAACUAGAUGAGAGAUGUGAAGAAGAAGAAGCCGAUUUCUCUGGACUGUCGAG